AUACAAAUCAACUGCAUACAAUGAGAUGAGUGGAAUUAUGGCGAUAUCCCAGUUGAAUAUUAUCUGCAUGUAACCAUAAAUAUUUAAACAAGAUUUUGUGCUCACAACUUACCCCGUUUAGUAUAAAAUAGUCAAAGAAGUGGACAUUCCUUGAAAUGAACAAAUUUGAAUUUGGACGGGAUUUCCCUCCAGCCUCGUUUUAAAUCAAAAGGUCAAGGUCAAAUUAGAAGCCAGGUGCUUCCCGCCAGUUUUGAAAGAGUCUGCUACUUCGACCGUUUUCUGUUUGAUUUUGACCACUAUGCCUCUUUUAGGAAGAAAGAUCUUCCAAUUAAAACCUCCGCUAGAAGAUGCAAAGCCCGAGGAAACGCUGUAUACCAUUAAACACACACAAGAGCAGUUUAAAAGCAAAAGUGAAUAUGAGCGCAGGUUAGCUCUUUACAAAGACAAAGUGUGGACAUGUAGGUGUACUGGUCAUAUCAACAUGUCACAUGCAGAUGCUUGGAAAUCAGAGCUGAGAAUACAGAAGAUGUUGAAGAGUGAAUUUUCAUCACUUUUUGAGGAGCCGAUUCUGCGGAUCAUGCAUCAUAGUACCCUUGUGCUAGAGGGACUGGUAGAGAAAUGUUGGCUUCACAUCUUACAAAGCUUUGUUGUGGGAGAGCCAAUUGUCCUCAAUGUUAAAGAUUCUGAUGAUGAGCUAGAUGGUGUUAUAUUGAAAGUAGACACAACAAUUGCUCCUGGUAACCCUAGCAACAGUGGCUCCCCAUCAAGUGACAAAGAGAAUGCAGAGAAUAAAGAAGCAACUGGCUCUGAAGCUGGAUCUCCAACUAAGAAAUGGAGCCCACCAAAGCUUCUCCCCUACAAGUAUAGUUUGAAGAUUGACGAUGGUCGGAUUAUACACGGUGUUCCUGCAUUAGAUUUGCAGAGGACCACAAGAACUCCCAGUAAGGAACUGAUGCGUUACUUUAUCCGCACUAAUGCCACAAGGGCUGGAGAAACCCAAAAGGGUCCUUGGGUCGUUGAUGAUAAGUUGGUCAAGAAAUUUGAUAUACCGGCCAAAUUAUCAGAUUUCUUUUUGUCCCCAACAAAGGUCUCAGAAACAUCAAAGAAAUCUGAAAGUUCAAAAAAGCGUAAACCAUCAACCAAACUAAAAUCUCCAGCUGCAAAAAAGGCUAAAAAAGACACUAAAUCAAAAUCAACAGAAAGUCCUAAAAAAUCUCCUAAAAAGACUCCAAAAGGGAAAUCUCCCAAAAAUGGCUCCCUUAUAGCAGCAUCAAAGGACGAUUCAGACUCUGAUGAUGAGGAUAAUUAUGUUUUAGCAGACUUAAAAGCUCUGAAAAAAGCAAUUGCUGAACAGGGUAAAAGCAGUCCUGGUAAAAAUUGCAGUAAAAAUACCCCUAAAAAAAGCACUUCUAAGAAAGGGAAUGGAGAUACAUCAGCCAAGGGGACUCCUAGGAAAAGUGCAUCUAAUUCAAAAUCUAACACUCCUCGUAAAGAAACAAAUGAGAAGACUCCAAAGAAGAAGAAAGAUAAAGAUGGGAAAAAGAAGAGUCUGAAACAGAUGACAUUGUUUGAUAUGUCUAACAAGACUGACUCUAAGUCACCUGGUCGUAGCCCUGCUCUCAAGAAGUCCAAAGUGAUGUCUCCACCAAGGCUGCCUUCUCUAGCACUCAAGUUGAGGAAAGCCAUGGCUGCAGGGGAUGACAAGUGGCUUAUAGGCUCUCUUAUGUAUAAAUGUGCCAAAGAGCUGACCAACUCCCAAAGAAAGAAUCUCCCUGAUGACCUGCGAGGUCCAGUACAGGAGAAAUGGGAAGUCAUGGAAGAAAAGAAGAAAAUAAAAGCCAUGCCUGCUGCAGAGAGGGAAGAAUAUCUUAAAAAGAAAAAAGAAGAAAAAAUGAAAAAAUCCCUGGAGGCUCGCAAAGAGAAGAUGGCUGAAAUGAAGAAAUUGAGGGAGGAGUCCAACAAGAAAUUUGAAGACACAGAGUUAGGAGAUGAUUUACCAGCCCUGCCAGCUCCAAAGUUGGUCCCCACACCUGAGGGUCUCCCUAAUGAAUGUUUUGGUGAUGUUGCCAUGGUUACUGAGUUUAUUAGCUGCUACAAGGGUCUGUUGAUGCCAGAUGAUGAGUACCCCAUUAUGUCAGAUGCCUUAAUGAAGGCACUAUGUAAUGGCAAGGAGGGGUACACUUAUUUAGGCAGAGUAUGCACAGUUCUACUCAGCACCCUACUCCAGGAUCAAAUCUCUAAUGAUUACAAAGAACUUGACUUCAAACUGAGCGAAUUACCUGUAACAGCAGGUACUGCUUCUGAACUGUUGAGACUCGUGUUACGAAGUCAUGACAUUGAAGAUAAGGAGGAUGAUGAGAGUGACGCUAGUGAGGAACUGGAAAAUGAAGAAAAUGAAGUGCCAGAGGAGGUUAUUGAACAACUGGAGAGCUGUGAGUUCUUUGAUCUUGAACCUGAACAGAAGCUACAGAUCCUACUAGGUCUCUGCCAUAGGAUGUUGGGCUCUUAUUCUGUACAAGAUUUCCUCAAUGAAAGCCAACAAGAGGCUUCAAAUCUAUGGAAGCAAAAAAUAAAAUUCCUGAAAGAGAAAAAUGAUAAACUCCGCCAAGAGAAGAAAAUCAAACAAGAAGUAAAGAAAGAAGAAACAGGUGGUGCUACUGAUAAUCCUGAUAAAGAAAAAGAGAGUAAGUCAAAGAAAGGCAAAGUGAAAGAAGAAGUGAAACAGGAAGAACCGGAAGAUGAGGAACCAGCUGACCUUGCAUCUGUCGUGAAACGUCGUAGAAUCACAACUGCAAAGGCAGCUGAAGAGAGAGCAAAGAAGGAAGAAGAGGAAAGGAUACAGCGAGACAAACGGGAAGAAGAAUAUAGAAAACAAAAAGAAAAAGUAGCAUUUGAUAAGACCUUUACGGAAGGUAUUGCAUGUGCUAAGUUAGUUUUGAGACAGACACCUAUUGGCACCGAUAGGAACCACAGCAGGUACUGGAUAUUCCAAAAUACAACUCCAGGUCUCUUUGUCGAAAAAGGCUGGGCAACCAAAGACUUCCAAUAUUCUGUUGAGACUCCUAAGACAACAGAUGUUGAGGACUCGGAUGAUGAGGUCCUGAUCAAGAAAGUGAAGAAAUUAAAGGAAGGUGAAGAGACAACGUCACCCCACUUUGGCCAGAAUCUGUGGUUUACAUAUGACAGUAUCAAGGACCUUGACAGUCUCCUACAGGGACUCUCAAAGAAUGGCAUCAGAGAGAGUGUUCUCAAAGAGGAGAUAAAGAAGUCUUAUGAUGCGAUCAAGAAUGCUAUAUAUGUGGCACAAAGAACUAAUGUUGCAUUAAGAGAUUCUGAUGGCAACCAAGAGGCUCUAAAGAAUUUCAAAGAGGGUUUGUUAAGCUUUGAGCUGAUAGCCAGGCAAGGAGGACUAGGUGGGUUACCUACAACAGCAGAGUUCAAUAAGUGGGAGAAAAAACUAGAGAAAACUGACAAUGUUAAAGAAUUGGGUGAACUGAUGGUGGUUGUCAUGGAGAACAUCCUACCCAAGUUCCUACAGAACAAGUUUGCCAAGAAGAAGAAAAAGGUGAACAAGUUUACCACAGUGGAAGUGAAAGAGGAAGAACUUGGAGAGGGUGAGGAGGAAAAAGAUGAUAAGGAACAGAUAAAAGUGGAUGAGACGAUUGCUAAAUGGAAGGAAGCAUCACGAAAUUGCAGUACGAUGUCACGUUUACAUGUCCUUCUGGGAAUGUUUGAGUCAUGUGUUAACUGGAAUAUGUCUUCAGAAAAUGCUAAAUGCAAGAUCUGUCGCAAGGGUGGCAAUGAUGAUAAGUUGUUACUUUGUGAUGAUUGCAAUCUUGCAUUCCAUCUCUAUUGUCUAAGACCUGCCCUACCAGCUAUACCUAAAGGAGAAUGGUUUUGCCCAGCAUGUAUACCUUUGUCUAAAAGACGGUGCACUAGAGGUAUAAACUACAAGAAUCUUAAUGAUGGCUCGGAUGAGGAGGAACAAGAUGAGGAAGAGAUGGCUAAAGAUGAGGAGUGUCAUAUAUGUGGGGACCAGCAAAACAUCUUCAGUUGUUCAUCAUGCCCAAGAGCCUUCCAUCUGGACUGUCAUGAGCCACCCUUGAGACAUCCCCCAAGGAGUACAUGGACAUGCACCCAAUGUAAGACAGGGGUACAGUACAGACGCCCAAGGAGGUCAAAAACACAACAGAGGAAAGCUGCACAGAGUAGAAAGCGUUAUGAAAAGGAAGAAAGUAGCAGCGAAGAAGAAGAGGAGGAAGAGAGUGAUGCUGGCUCUGAUAUUGAAGUUGACAGUGAUGCCUCUGAUGUCAGCCUAGAGGUGAAAGUGAGGCCAGCGAGGGGAACCAGGAAUUCACGACGUGCCAAUGGUGAAGAUGAAGACCUAGAGAAAGCCUUGGAAGAAUCAAAGAGGAGCUCUAGGAGACAGAGUAAAGGGAAUGAGUCUGUUGGAGACAGUAGUAGAUCUGCAAGAGCAACAAGGCGGGCCUUGAACACCUCUUCAGAUGACACAGAUAACUAUGUUCCAAAUAAAAAAUCCAAAUCAAAUGUCACCAAAAAACAGGGAACACCGACAGAAAAACGAAAGGCAGGUCGUCCAAGUAAAUCCAAGAAAGCUCAAAAUGACUUGCUGAAUGGUAUUACUUGGUCAGAAUCUGAUGAUGAAGAUACUGAGGAAAGUGAUGUUGCCGUUGAGAAGAAGGAUCCUGCGAUGAAGGCUUGUACAGAUAUUUUGCAGAGAGUUAUAAGACAUAGACACAGUUGGCCAUUCAGGCAGCCUGUUGAUGUCAAAAUAGUGCCCGACUACUAUGAUGUCAUCACUGAUCCUUUAGAUCUCACCACUAUCAAAAAUAGAUGUCUCUGUUUUGAAUAUAGUACUCCGGUAGAAUUUCUAGGAGACAUGGACAAGAUAUUUCAGAAUUCAUACAUCUACAAUGGGACAGCAUCUGAGAUUGGUGGCUUAACUAAGCAAGUGGAAGAAUUCUACAAACAACUCGUUGAAAAAUUUCUCCCUGACUUUAUGGACCCCUUAGAAAAGCAGCCAGAAUGGAAGUCAGACCAUAGCUAUUCAUCGCCACCAAGGCCUAAGAAGAAGGUUUCAGAUUGAACAAGAACUGAAAUGCUAAAAUGACAAUGAAGAAAUUUGGAUUUAAAUAUGAACAUGUUUCCUAUGAAAUUAACUGUAAGAUGUUGUUAACUAAAGGUACAUUUUCAUGAUGUAUGUAUAUUAUCAUUUUAACAAUUACCUAAAAUCAAUGAAAAUGUCUACACAAUGGUCCAAUGAAUAGUUUACGUUGAAGUGACAUUUCUGCAAAAAUUGUUGCAAAUCUGUUCGUCUAUACUAGUUUGAAUUUAGUUACUAUUGUGUCCUGAAUUGUAUUUUUCACAGUUCAUACUUUAAACGCAGUUUAUGAUCGUUAUUUUACUUUAAAAAUUAUGGAUUUCAGUUGUUUGAUUUGUGCUACAUAGUUCUCCAUAUGAAAUAUGGCUUUUCUGUUACAUAUCUGUGUAAGUGCAAUUUUGUAUUGCUUAACUAUAUAUGUUCACAUUAAUGAUUGUUAAAACGAUUGCUUUUCAUUAGGGGAGAAACCCUCUCACCAAAUCAUUUAUUGAUUUAUUUAAGAUACCUUUAUGUAGCUUCCUUUUUAAAAGUUGAUUUAUGCAACUGAAAUGUGCUUUUACCCUCCCUGCAUAAAGUGUUUUAAUACUUAGGAC